GCACAGGAAGAGCUUCAAGUGAGUGGGACACGCUUCCAAUAGAGAAACGUCUGCUCUUCUCGUCAGUCUGAACUUGUCGCAAGGGGGUCUACACGGCAUCAGGAAAUGCAACUGGGACUCAGCUGACGAUAACAGAUUUGUGUAAACACUCCGAGAGCUUCUAAUCGUCACAGAAGAUAUCACUGAGCUUGAUCUGGUGCUUUAAUUCAAAUGGGAUAUUUGAACCUUGGAUCACCUGUAUGUGUUGAUGAACAUUGCCAAUCUUGAAAGGAUAAUUUCUAAUUAAAUUAACCGCGAAUGACUGUUUUGGAACUUAUCUUAUAUGUGUUGAUUUCCUAGGUUCAUACAGAACUUCACGAACACUUGUGCAUCAACUUCUCUUAUUCAAUUAAUCAUUUUGCUAUCAAAAUCAAUGAAUUGAUGACAUUGUUUUCAAUUUAAAAAUUACACUUUGGACCAUGAACUUCAAGAUGAAGCAAGUUACAGCUCUUUUUGUGUUUCUUGUUCUUCUAUGCUUCUGUGAUAGUGCAUAUGGGAAAUUGAUGUGGCGUAUGAAACCCGGUGAAAUUAUUGCCCUGAGAGGAAAUCUUGUAAUGCUGAACUGCUUUGUGAAUGGGCGUAAUGUAACAAACCCUGGAGAGCACAAGUUCUGGUGGUACAGAGUGGACAGGAAUGUUGUGGUCAGCAAGAACCUGAUGAUCACUGCUCCAGAUCUUGACAGCGAUCGCUACAGUGUACUCCUCGAUAAAUACAGGGGAGUGUACUCACUUGUGAUUAGAAAUGUUUCAGAAGCGGAUGGUGGCCUUUACCAGUGCCUCUUAAGGCAGUCCAGGAAUGGUCCACAGGAUGCUUCAGACAGUGCCAGUUUGACCGUCCUGACUCCUCCAACAGAUGGGUACAAACCCUGCACUAUGUUUACCCAAUCAAACAUCAUUCUUAGUCCUCAAGGAAACAGAGCCCUCAAGUGCCCGAAAUCAACAGAUUCCUUCUGGAGAAGUGCCAGUUCUAAUGUUGCAACCAAUGAGACUGUUUACCACAGUUGGACAGCAAACCGACAAGUCCUCCAUGCCUUCUUCCUCCAGAAUAAAACAACCCUCUUGUCGGAAUCCUCGACAACAGGAUCAGGCAACCAGGACACAGUUUACUGCGCUGUGAAUAGUUCAAUGCUUCAGCAAUUUCCUAACAGAUGUAAACUGAUCCCAAGAGCUACCUCAACAAAGGCCACCAUAACACCACCUAUCACAGAUGUUCCAAAUGGAAGCAAUGUGAACUUUACAUGUAGCCAUGAAGACAUUGCAGUUGCCAUUGAUUACACAUGGGAUAUUCCAGUAGAACUUGAGGUUGCCGGUAUCCAAUUCAUGAGGAAUGGAAGAACUAUCAUCCUGAAGAGUAUUAGAGGUAAUUGGGGCGAAAUGUUAAAUAUUGUGUGUCAGGUCACUACAGAAUGGAAUGUCAAAGCCAAUGCAACUGCCACAAUAGCCUUCUUGCAUAAAAUGAUCACAACACCUAUCGUAAAUGCUAUUGCAAAAGGCGAGAUUGGCAAGAAGCCAGAUGUUGUACUGCCACCAGUGGUAACAGAUGAAGCGCAGAGACCAUCAAAAUCUGGUAAUCCGGCUCUGAAGAAUAUUAGUAUCUUGAUUGGACCUGCCCUUGGAGUGAUUAUUCUGUUUCUUCUUGCAGUUAUAUUUGCACUCUGUAUGACGAAGCGCAAGACAUCCUCCAAGCAUCAAUUCAGACUAAACCAUCAAAUCGCACCUUCAGUAGAGCACCAUAAAGCGGUUACUUUGAGAUCAAAUGGCAAGCCUUCAAACAGGAACAGCAGAUCCUCAAGGCGUUUCUCAGACUCCUUCACCUACCGAUUCAGCAAGGACUGCGAAUACGAGAACAUUGAGGCAUACAUGGCAAAGAAAGGACAGUUCCUUGGUGGGACAACAUCCUUCCAAGAUGAGAACAACCAACCGAUGGAGGCGAAUGUCAGAGUGAAAAUUGAAAUGCCAAACAACCUCAGCACCAGUAUGCCAGCUCUGAAUGCAUGUAAGAUCUCAUCGAAUAUCAACCACCAUGCAGCAGCAAACGGUGAUCAAUACCAGCAGCAACACUACAGCAAUCAUCAGCAACACAUCAACCAUCAUCCCUACAAACCCCUGGCCAAUGGGAAUCCCUAUGCCACCAGGGAACAGCUAGGAUUCCCAUCCCUGAUCAGCCAGGAAUUGAGAGACACACAGCACUACCAUGUGCCGACAACCACAGCAACAUUGCCCCAUGCUGUGAUUGACAGAUCAAAAAAGGCAAUGAAGCCACCCAACCCGCCACCUAGGAAACCAUCGUACUGACAAGAAAUUUCCUGGCAAUAAAAAAAAUCAGUCAUAAUUUAUAAGACUAUGAACCUGAAAAUAAUACGUGAAUCUUGAUGACGUAUUAGUAAAUAUGUAAUCAUAUUUACUAGCAUUUUCUGUACUUUACUUGGUCUUUCAAAUUUCUUUUUCUUGAAUGUGAAGCUAUUUAAUAUAAUAUCCAUAAUGGACAUUUUCUUGUACAUAAUUGUUGAAGGCUUGUAAUAAUAUGUUGUAUUAUCAUCAUUAAUGUGAUUUCUAACAUGUACAGUGUAGUCUCUUAUUCUUAACAUUGGAUUACUUGACCCUUUUUAUCCUGGUGGAUAUCUCAAAAUAUAGACAAAAAAUAAACUGUUCAUGUUAUAAAGAUCAUUUUUCAUGUCUCCAUCAGUGGUCUAGCUUACAAAGAUUUCAUCAUAUUUGAAAUUUAUAAUCAGUCAAGUUCUAAAGCUCAUAUUUUUGCAAUAUUCAUGAGUCAUGACUUCAAGCAUGCGGCCAAUCAUCCUCUGGACCUAAAUGUACAAGAUAUGAUGAAAUGAUAGUCACCGCCUUCUGGUCAUGUGCAUCUUAAUGAGUACAAGUAUUUUGACAAAAGUGACUAAGUUUCUGAUCAUUUUAAUACAAAGGGACGGUUUUCCUGGUCUUGGUUUAUUGUUGGCUGAUCUCCUUUAUCAGAAUAUGCCUUAAAAUCAAUAUGCUUUAGAUCUAGAGCAGCAAAUUGAGACCAGACAAUAUUCAUGAUAUAAAAUGUGUUAUUAUAGAUUUGGAACUUUUGCAUGCACAUAGAGAUACACAAUCUCUCCAUGUUAUAUACAAUGUAUCUCUUGAAUAUUAGGAUGAAACUUAGAAAAAAAUAUGGGAUCUCAGAUUUGAAGAAAAAAAAAUCAAUCACAAUUAAGCCUCUAACUUUAAACAUUCCUACAUUUCCCCAAAUAAAAUGCAUGGAAAUAUUAAAGAUAACCAAUAGUAAACCAGAACUGCACAUUUACCAGCGUUUAAUUGAUUUAUUAUAUUCAAUCUUCACAUACAAUUUGUGUAUCAAUCACAGACUACUUGUUCCAACCCAUGACCUAAUUGACAGUGACCAUUGGUUACACUUCAUAAUUCCGAAGGUUCUUUAUUCCGAAGGUUCGUAAUUCCGAAACACGUAAAUUGCCUAUACCUCGAUGUUCGUUAAUCCAAAGAGGUAAAAGGGUUCGUUAAUCCGAACAUUUGUGGCGUUAUUCCGAAGGUUCGAUAAUCCGAAAACGAAAUAAGCUUCGAUGUUCCGAAGGUUCGUUAAUCCGAAAACGAAAUAAGGUUCAUUGUUCCGAAGGUUCGUUAAUCCAAAAACGAAAUAAGGUUCAUUGUUCCGAAGGUUCGUUAAUCCGAAAACGAAAUAAGGUUCGUUGAUCCGAAGGUUCGUUAGUCCGAAAACGAAAUAAGGUUCAUUAAUCAUUUCGUUUUUGGACUAACGAACCUUCGGAAUUACGAACCUCAUUUCGUUUUCGGAUUAACGAACCUUCGGAAUUACGAACCUCACUUCAUUUUCGGACUAACGAACCUUCGGAAUUACAAACCUCACUUCGUUUUCGGACUAACGAACCGUCGGAAAUACGAACCUUCGGAAUAACAAACCUUCGGAAUAUCCGUACCUUCUGAAUAACGAAGCUUCGGAAUUACGAAUGUAUGCAGUGACCAUCAUGGGAUAAGAGUCAACCCAGGUGAGGUGAAUGGGUACCUGGCAGGAAUUUAUCCCUUCAAAUGCACUGAGCGCUGGAAGGCUGCUUGAGCUACAGCCGGGGUGGUAACAUCCAAGUCCUUUGGAAGCGCAUAGAGACGUUAUUCAUGUGUUAUGCGCUAUACAAGAACUGUCUAUUAUCAUUAUUAUUAUUAUUAUUAAGUAAACACAUAUGAAGACAAUGUUAUCCAGUUGACAAUGACAGUCACACUUUAAUGAAUUAAUUUACUUCUAUGAACGUUCAUCACUUCCUUCAGUACAUGAAUGGACAUCCUAACUGUUAACUUCAGAAAAAACAUUGGUGGAAAAAUGUUGUUAAAAAAAUAGUUAAUAAUAGUACAUAGGAUUUCUAUAGCACACUUUCCAUCUUAAUUAGAUGCUCAAGGCGAUUCAGAGCAAAUUACAAAAAGGGAAAAAAAUACAUAUAUGAAGCAAGUGCAAACUAUACAAGGAUAGCCUUCAAUGGUUGUCUGUCAAAAAGCACGAUUAUCAUACAGGUUCGUCUUCAGAUAGCCCCUGAAAAGAUAAAUUUUCAAGCAAAAUCAUAAUCGUCAUAUGUGCAUACUAUUCAGCAUUUAUAUAGCCUUAUUUAUCAGAACCCUCAUUGAUUCAUAUCCUUUAAUGAUUUUUCAUGGCAUAUGAUGAACAUGUAAGUUAUCCACUGGCUAUUAUAGGAAUUGCUUUCCUAUCAAGGUAAUGAGUCAUCUUCAGUUCCCCUUGUAUGAUUCUCCGUGACAAGCCCAAGGUUAUAAAAUGAUUUCAUAACUUCAUUAAAUUCACCAUUAGAGGUACAGAAGAAGUGAGGUAACUCUUAGGAUAAUGACAUUUCUAGUUGAAUUUUUUCAUUGCUUAUUGCAACAAAAUCAUUCCAAUAAUAUUAAAGGAAGAUAAUGACAACUGUUGUAUAUUUUAUCAAAACUUGUCAAUCACAAAGUUUUACUCUGGUCAUUCUCUCACAUAUCACUUGUGGAGCAUUGUGGUCCAGUGGAUUUGUCUUCUGACUUUGAAACAGAGGGUAGUGGGUUCAAAUCCCAGCCAUGGGGUAGUUUCCUUCAGCAAGAAAUUUAUCCACGUUCUGCUGCACUCAACCCAUGUGAGUUAAAUGGGUAACUGGAAGGAGUUACAUGUAAUUUCAUCAAGUAUAUGUGCACUGAAAGUAAUUACUGCCCCCAGCUAAAACAAAGCCAGGGUAGAAAUAUCCAAGUCCUUUGGAAGCGCAUAGAGACGUAAUAUGCGAUAUACAAGAACUGUUUUAUUAUAUUAUUAUAUCUAAGUGCUUAAGAAAAUAUUUGUUAAAUAUUUUUCAAAUGUGUUGAAAUGAUGUAAACGAUAUAAAAUGUGUAAAUUUGAGAAAACCAAUUUCAAAAGAUGUGAUAUUUCAAAGAUUUUGUUUAAUCAUUAUGCUGCCCUCAUGUUAUCCAUUAAUGUUAAUUCUGAUAUGCCACUUUCCAUUUGUACUUUGACAUACAUGUAUUUCAUUAUAUCUACAGAGCUCAUUUUUCAUAAAAUAUUCAAAUUUCAACUCAGACCUAAUUUUUUUCUGAUGAUUAUUCCUUUUUACAUUCCAAUUUGUACAUAGACAAGAUGACGGGGGGAUUUAUGGGUACAUUUUAAUAUCUCCUUUUGUUCAACCCAAAAUAACAUUCUAACACUGGAUUUGGGCUCUUUAAAAUUUCCUUUAACAAAGUUUAAAAAGGGAUGUUUUUACAUUUCUGGCCUUUCAAACUAGCCAUGUUCACCUUGUAUAUUAUAGGGUGAUUCUGUAUCUGUUGUGGUUUGCAAUGGACAUAGAGUUGUAUCUCUAUUUGUGAUACCUCUCUUUAAUAUGAAAUGACAAAUCAUCAUUCCUUCUGGUUUCAAUUAGUCUAACAUUUUAAAACCACAAGCCUAUUAUUAGGAAUACAGAUUUAUGAAUCCAAAAUAGUAUUUCCUAUUUACCACUUGCAGCUCAAUUAAAAUCAUCUCAUCACAUUUUAUCAAUAUUCUAUGAUUUGGCAAGCAAGUAUUAAUUUGGAAAAUCUAUUCAUCAAUUAAAUGUGGUGUACAUGUAUGGCAGUAUAUCAUUUAAAUGCAUUUCACUGUAGUGUGACUGUCAAUUUUUGUAUUUUCAAAGCUUUUGUUGUUUGUAAUUGUAAAUAAAAGUAUAAUUUUUUUCA